GGUCGCCAGCUGUGGACGCAGUGGACGCAGUGGACAGUGGACGCACUCCCGACCGCCGCCGAGUCACUUCCAAUCGCUUCCCAGGUCGUCCACAAGCAACAUGGCCCCCCAGCAGAAGGCAACAGUCGUGGAAGAUAGCAUCCCGGCCAACAUCCGCGCCGGCAUGAAGCUGGCGUCACCACCCGCCGGCGAGGAAGUGGUGAUGUCCGGCAUCGCCGGCUAUUUCCCGGACUCGGACAGCGUACGCCACUUCCGUGACAACCUGCUGGGCAAGGUGGACAUGGUGACGGACGACACGCGGCGGUGGAAGCUAGAACAUCCUGAAAUUCCUCAUCGUCAUGGGAAAAUAAACAACGUCAUGAAAUUCGACGCAUCAUUUUUCGGAAUUCAUCUCAAACAAGCUGAGACGAUGGACCCUAUGUGCCGGCUGAUUCUGGAAAGGUGCUACGAAGCUGUGGUGGAUGCAGGAAUAAACCCGUACAGCCUGAGAGGCAGCCGGGUGGGUGUGUUCGUCGGCGCCUGCUUCAGCGAGACGGAGAAGACGUGGUUCUACGAGAAACUGCAGAUCAACGGCUACGCCCUGACGGGCUGCAGCCGCGUCAUGCUCGCCAACCGCAUAUCCUACUGGCUGGGCGUGAACGGUCCCAGCUACGCCGUAGACUCGGCCUGCUCGAGCAGCCUGUACGCCCUGGAGCACGCCUACAAGUCCAUCCGCAACGGGCACUGCGACGCGGCCAUCGUGGGCGGCUGCAACCUCUGCCUGCACCCCUUCGUCACACUGCAGUUCUCGCGCCUCGGAGUGCUCAGCAUGGACGGCGUCUGCCGCUCCUUCGACAACAAAGCAAACGGCUACGCCAGGAGCGAGGCGAUAGCAGUGGUCUACCUGCAGAAAGCGAAAGACGCCAAACGUAUUUACUGCACUGUCGUGCACGCCAAGACGAACUGCGACGGCUACAAAGACGAAGGCAUCACCUACCCGUCCGGCUUGAUGCAGCAGAAACUGCUGGAGGACUUCUACGCCGAGUGCCGAGUCGACCCAAGCACUCUGGGCUACAUCGAGGCCCACGGCACGGGCACCAAGGUGGGCGACCCGGAGGAGCUGAACGCCAUCGACAAGGUGUUCUGCAAUGGCCGGAGCGUCCCGCUGCCCAUCGGCUCCGUCAAGUCCAACAUCGGCCACUCGGAGCCGGCGUCGGGGCUGUGCUCCGUCGCCAAGGUGGUGAUCGCCUUCGAGGAGGGCCUGAUCCCGCCCAACCUGCACUUCGAGACGGUGCGCGAGGGGGUCGAGGCGCUGGAGACGGGCCGGCUGCAGGUGGUGGCGGACCCGCAGCGCCUGGAGCACGGCCUGGUGGGCAUCAACUCGUUCGGCUUCGGCGGCGCCAACUGCCACGUGCUGCUGCGCUGGAACGAGAAGACCAAGGUGAAUGGGUCGGCGCCAGCGGACAGCCUGCCGCGCCUCGUGGUCGCCUCGGGCCGCUCCGAAGAGGCGGUGCUGACCAUCCUGCACGACGUGGAGAGCCGGCCCGUGGACGUCGAGUACGUGAAGCUGCUACACGACCUGCACUCCAGCAACAUCCACGGCCACAUGUACCGCGGCUUCGUGGUCGUCGGCGCCGGCAAGCUCAAGCCCCAGGUGGACGUCAAGUACUUCCCCGAGAAGCGGCCGCUGUGGCUCGUGUUCUCCGGCAUGAACAGUGAAUGGCCAGGCCUUGCACUGUAUGGUGACUAUGUGGUGACUGUGUGCUGCGCAUACUUCCCCGAGAAGCGGCCGCUGUGGCUCGUGUUCUCCGGCAUGAACAGUGAAUGGCCAGGCCUUGCACUGUAUGGUGACUGUGUGGUGACUGUGUGCUGCGCAUACUUCCCCGAGAAGCGGCCGCUGUGGCUCGUGUUCUCCGGCAUGAACAGUGAAUGGCCAGGCCUUGCACUGUAUGGUGACUGUGUGGUGACUGUGUGCUGCGCAUACUUCCCCGAGAAGCGGCCGCUGUGGCUCGUGUUCUCCGGCAUGAACAGUGAAUGGCCAGGCAUGGGCAAGUCCUUGCUCGAGCUGCCUGUCUUCGCCGCCUCCGUGGCGCGACUGCAGAAAGUGCUCAAGCCGAAAGGAGUCGACGUCGUAUCCUUGCUUCAAGAAGGCGACAGCAAAAUGUUUGAUCACUGUUUACUCUCGAUAGUGGCCAUUACAGCGAUGCAGGUGGGGCUGGUUGAUGUGCUGAGAAAGCUUGGCUUGUCAGCGGAUGGAAUGCUGGGCUACUCAACGGGAGAGAUCGCAUGCGCCUACGCCAAAGGCCUCGUGUCUGCUGAUCAAGCUAUUCUGCUGGCGCACGCCUGCGGCCUUGCGCAUGUCGAAAGCGUGCAGCUUAAAGGAGCAACAGCUCAAGUCGAGCUCGGCGAGGCGGAGGUGCGCCAGCUGCUGCCGCUUGGCGUAGAUGUGGUGUCAUGCGAGCUCGGCGAGGCGGAGGUGCGCCAGCUGCUGCCGCUUGGCGUAGAUGUGGUGUCAUGCGAGCUCGGCGAGGCGGAGGUGCGCCAGCUGCUGCCGCCUGGCGUGGAGGUGGUGUCAUGCGAGCUCGGCGAGGCGGAGGUGCGACAGCUGCUGCCGCCUGGCGUGGAGGUGGUGUCAUGCGAGCUCGGCGAGGCGGAGGUGCGCCAGCUUCUGCCGCCUGGCGUGGAGGUGGUGUCAUGCGUGAAUCUCGUGCCCGCAGAGCUCGGCGAGGCGGAGGUGCGCCAGCUGCUGCCGCCUGGCGUGGAGGUGGUGUCGUGCGGAGCAGCCUCCAGCUGCGCGGUCUGCGGUUCGGUGGCCGACGUGGAGCGGUGCGUCGCCGAGCUGCGGCGGUCCGGCGUCGUCGCGACCGACCCGCGGCCAACCAACAACCUCUUCCACCACAGCCACUUCUCCGAAAGGGCCAGCGUUAAGCUGCAUUCGCUGUUCAAGCAGGUGCUGGGCAGUGGCGCGCGGCUCAGCACUGAGCAGCUGGCGGGCAUGCUCUGCCAACCGGUUCGGCUGGAGGACCUGGCAUCGCGGGUGCCUCGCGGAGCUGUCCUGCUCGAGGUGGCGCCACACGCCACGCUGCAGGCAGCACUCGAGCCAGCGCUGCACCGCAGCUGUGUGAGCCUGGCGCUGGCGGACCGCAGCCAGCCGCACGGCGUGCUCCACUCGCUUCUGUCUGCCGUUGGCAGUUUGUACGAAUACGGCGCCCAGCCGCAACUGGCUGACAUCUACCCAGCUGUCAAGUACCCCGUCAGCAGGGGCACGCCCAUGAUCUCCCACCUCGUCAAGUGGGACCACUCCCAAGACUGGUUCGUCACUUCCUACGAGCUGCAGGAGAAAGCUGAAACGGGUGAGCGGACAGUCCCCAUCAACAUAGCCGAAGAGAACUACGCAUUUCACUCUGGCCACGUCAUUGACGGGAGAAACUUGUUCGCUGCGACUGGCUAUCUGGUUCUCGUUUGGGAAUCUCUGGCGAUAAUGACUGGUCAGUUUAUAAAGGACGUUCCGAUUGUCUUCGAGAAUAUUCGGUUCCAUCGGGCUACCAACAUACCAAAAGAAGGCACUUUCGAGUUCGUGAUAUCGAUCCAGAAGUGCAGCGGCAACUUCGAGAUUGUGGAAGGGGGCGUGGCCAUCGUAACGGGGCGGUGCUACGUGCCCAAGGCGCCAUCCGAGGAGAUGGCGGAUCUGGAAGCCCCCGAGCCGGUGGACGCCGGCCUGAUCGAGCUGUCCCGCCGCGACGUCUACAAGGAGCUGCGCCUGCGCGGCUAUAACUACAGUGGCCUCUUCCGCAGCAUCAUCAGCGCCGACAACCUGGGGAAAUCUGGUAAAAUACAGUGGCACAACAACUGGGUAGCGUUCAUGGAUAACAUGCUGCAAAUGCAGAUCUUGCACGCAGAUACCAGAGGACUGUUUGUGCCAACUUCCAUAGAUAAGCUCGUCGUAGAUCCUAAGAGACACCUUCAGGAAAUCCAAAAGGAAGACGAGGUUGAAUACUGCCCGGUGUCCGUGUACCACGAGGUGGGGCUCAUCUCCUCCGGAGGCAUCCAGCUGAAGGGCCUCAAGGCCAGCGGCAUAUCGCGGCGCAAGCCCCUGGGAGAGCCGGUGCUGGAGAAGUACCUCUUCCUGCCGCACCACGGCAUCCCGGAGCCGCCGCUGUCCGUCGCGCAGGUGCUGCGCAUGUGCGUGCACCUGGUGCUGGAGAACCAGGCCGGCAUCAAGGUGAAGGUCGUCGAGGUGGCCGAGUUCGAAGACGACAAGCCGGUCAACCUCCUCGCGAACGAGGUGGCAGCCAUUCUGGGGGACCUGCCUCUCAUACAACCGGACAUCACGGUGGUGACGCCCCCGGGCAAGGGCGAGCUCGAGGACCUGUCGUCCAACAUCCACGUGGAGGACCGCCAGCUGGCGGGCCAGCAGGGCUGCCUGCUGCUCAUCGCCAGCCACGUGCUCGGCCAGAAGGAGUUCCUGGAGAAGGCCGUGGGCGCGCUCUCGCCCAAGGGCUGCAUCGUGGCCCGCGAGAAGCUCGACGCAGCGCCCGCCGUCGCCGACCCCAGCCUCAAGGUCGUGCUGGACCUGUGUGUCGAGGGCGAGCGCCUCGUGAUGCUCAAGAAGGUGACGGAAAUGCCUAUUCUGGCAGUGAUUCCCAUAAAGAGUGACUCCUUCAGUUGGGUUCCAGAAAUGCAAAAGGCAAUGAAAGAAUCGAACAACACGCAGCGAAUUAUUCUUGUGUCUGAGCAAGACCCUCUCAGUGGACUUUUGGGCUUGGUGAACUGCAUCAGAAAGGAACCAGGCGGUGAAGCAAUCAGGGGCGUGCUGAUCCUGGACCCGGAGGCGCCGCCCUUCAGCCUGGACGAGCCGCUGUACAGCGCCGAGCUGGCCAAGGACCUGGCCAUGUCGGUGUACCACGAGGGUCGCUGGGGGAGCUUCCGCCACCUGCCGCUGGCAGAGCUGUCCACCGUCAGCUGCGCGCACGCCAUGGUCAACGUGGAGACGCGCGGCGACCUGUCCAGCCUCAAGUGGUUCCAGGGCUCGCUGGACGAGCACGGAAACCCGAAGAAGCCAGACUUAUCACUGAUCCACAUAUAUUACUCGGCACUGAACUUCCGCGACAUCAUGACAGCCACGGGGAAGAUCACCGCAGAAGUCGUGUCUGUAGGAAGGCUAAAUCAAGAAUGUGUCCAGGGGCUUGAGUUCUCAGGGAGAGACUUAAGCGGGCGAAGAGUGAUGGGCAUGGUGGCCUCCGAUGCCUUCGCCACGAUGGUGUAUGCCGACCCUAAACUGCUGUGGGAAGUUCCCGACUCCUGGACGCUGGAAGACGCCACCACAGUUCCGGUGGUCUACGGAACGGCCUUAUUCUCGCUGUUCCUGAACGGCCGCUUGCAGAGGGGCGAGAGCGUGCUGAUCCACGCCGGCAGCGGUGGCGUGGGGCAGGCCGCCAUCAACCUCGCACUGCACGCCGGCUGCGUCGUCUUCACCACAGUUGGCACCCCUGAGAAGAGGAAUUUCAUCAAGGAGCGCUUCCCGCAGCUGACGGACCGCCACAUCGGCAACUCGCGCGACACCUCCUUCGAGCAGCUCAUCAUGGAGGAGACGGAGGGCCGCGGUGUAGACAUGGUGCUCAACUCCUUGGCCGAGGAGAAGCUGCAGGCUUCCGUGCGCUGCCUCGCCCCCGGUGGCAGGUUCCUGGAGAUCGGCAAGUUCGACCUGUCCAGCAACAACCCUCUAGGCAUGGAAAUGUUCCUGAAAGGCACCAGCUUCCACGGGGUGACCCUGGAGAAGCUGUUCUACACGCAACACGAGUGGAAAAACGAACUCCAUACAAUGAUGACGAAUGGCAUCCAGAACGGCUCGAUCAAGCCGCUCACCAGAACGACCUUCCAGUCGGACGAGGUCGAACCAGCUUUCAGGUAUAUGGCCGCUGGCAAGCACAUCGGUAAGGUGCUGAUAAAAGUUCGCCCAGAGGAGGAAGAGAGAACAGCAGUGCCCAGGCCGAUCUUCGUGCAGGCCAAACCCAAGUUCUUCUGCAGCCCAGAGAAGUCUUACAUAGUCGCAGGUGGCCUGGGCGGGUUCGGCCUAGAGCUGGUGGACUGGCUGGUGAUGCGUGGGGCGCGGCGCGUGCUUCUCACCUCGCGCAGUGGCGUGCGCACGGGCUACCAGUGCACGCGCGCUCGCAUCUGGCGCAGCUACGGCGUCCAACUGCGUGUCUCCACCGCCGACAUCUGCACGGCCGAGGGGGCGGAGCGCGUGAUCCGUGAGGCGACCGAGCUGGGGCCCGUUAGUGCCAUCUUCAACCUGGCGGUCGUGCUGCACGACGCCAUCUUCGAGAACCAGACGGAGGAGAUGUUCGCUAAGUCGGCGGGGCCCAAGUCGGCGGCGACGCGCCACCUGGACCGCCUGUCGCGCCAGCUGUGCCCGCAGCUGGACCGCUUCGUGGUGUUCUCGAGCGUAUCGUGCGGCCGCGGCAACGCCGGCCAGUCCAACUACGGCUGGUCCAACGCCGUGAUGGAGCGCGUGUGCGAGGCGCGCGCGCGCGACGGCCUGCCGGCGCUGGCCGUGCAGUGGGGGGCCAUCGGCGAGGUGGGGCUGGUGGCCGAGAUGCAGGAGGAGCAGCACGAGCUCGUCAUAGGCGGGACGCUGCAGCAGAAGAUCUCCUCUUGCCUGGAGGUGCUGGACCGCUUCCUGAGGCAGCCCUUGCCCGUGGUGGCCAGCAUGGUCGUCGCGGAGAAGCGAGCAGGCAGUGGCGGCUCCGGGGGCAUCGUCGACUGCGUCGCCAACAUCAUGGGCAUCCGCGACCUGAAGACGGUGAGCCUGCACUCGUCGCUCGCCGAGCUCGGCAUGGACUCCAUGAUGGCGGUGGAGAUCAAGCAGUCGCUGGAGCGCGACUUCGAGGUGUUCCUGACGCCGCAGGACGUGCGCGGCAUGACGUUCGCGCGCCUCGCCGAGAUCGCAUCCGCCGCCGCCGCCGCCGCCGGGGACAGCGAGGCGCCGACGUCCGAGGUCAUCCCCGCCCCCAACGCCGAGUUCAUGAACAUCGGCCUGAUGAUGUCGGUGAUGGGCGACGAGGCAUCCGCACGCUUGCCCGUCAUGGAGUUGCCGUCGGCCGUCGACCCUGCCGACGCGUCAGCGCCGCUCGUCAUAAUGCUGCCGGGCAUCGAAGGGAUGGCGAGCGUGCUGUUGCCGCUUGCUGCCAACCUCACCAGCCGAACGAUCAGCCUGCAACUUAAACACGACAACUUCCCGGAGAGUAUCGCUCAGUUGGCAGAGGAACUGCUACCGAUUGUUAAAGAAAACUUGCCAGCUGAUGGCCCCUUCAACAUAAUUGGUUAUUCUUUCGGUGGGGUCGUAGCCAUGGAUAUAGUGUCCAUGUUAGAGGCAGAAGGCCACAGAGGCAAGUUCGUACUCAUCGACAGCUCCCCUGAUUACCUGCAGGAGCUUAGCAAAAAGCAGAUACAAAUGGACAGCGAUGACAUCAUGCAGAUAAACUUGCUGAUGACAAUAGUGAACGUCUUGGCCCCUCAGCCAAUCGCCACCUUUAGACAGAUUAAAUCCGAUUUGGAGAAAAUAGACACAUGGAAAGAACGUCUAGAAUUUUUUUUGGCACUUGCGGCUAAUCAAAAUAUAGUGCACAGCAAAGAUUAUUUGUUUUCGAUUUCCACUUCACUGUAUGCACGAAUUAAGUGUAUUAUGGACUACACAUAUAAUGCCACAAAGCCUAAGAUUGACUCGGAAACCAUCCUGUUGAAGCCAGACACUUCCGGUCACGUCACAGAAGAGGACUAUGGGCUCUCGAAGCACUGCAAAGAUGUCAAAGUAUACGAUGUUGAAGGCUCCCAUAGGACACUCCUGGAACAAAAAGAAACUGCUGACAUUAUCAAUAAAUUUUUUGUGAGAAAAUAAUGUCAAUAAAGUCAUAGCAAUGGUUCAUAACCAUUAAACACAAGCAUGCCUGAGCCUUACAGCAAAACCCUUUUACACUUUAUUUACUGCUUACCCAUUGUAAACACAGAUGGUAGAUUUUUUUGUAUUUGUUUUGUUUUCAUAAAAACUGUUUAAAUAAAUGCACCUUCCAUAAAUAA